AUGGUUUUGUGUGCUUUAGAUCGAAAAUCUCGCUGUCAAAGUUCUAUUUGCUUCGAUUUCCUGGGCUUAAACGCAAGUGUGUCUGAUAGUGACGAUCAGAUAUCAUCUUCGGCAUCUAUGAUUUCAAGCGAUGACCAGCUUAGCAGCGAUUCAUCGGAAGAAAUGGAGGUACUUGAACAAGUCCAACCUUACGCGGACGAACCGCCAGCUCACACGAGUGAUGAAGAGGAGGACGCUGAAGAGGACCAGGAUGGUCUUUCUCCAGUAGUAUUAAUGUCUAGAUUGGAAAGAGAAGUACCUUUGAACGAAUGCGUAAAGGAAGAUGAAUUAUUUCCUGAGUACUCACGGAACAUGGCGGCUGAAUUGCCUUUGGAAAUUCAAGCUCGAGGUCCUGAAGCUGUCGAGGCUUAUGACAAAGCACUAACAGAAGGAAAGGCCUGCAUAAAGAGAAUACCUAUAAUGUUGAUCGGGCAGGAGCGGACUGGGAAAACUAGUCUUAAAAGGUCCUUAAAGGGAGAAAAAUUCGACAAAGAAGAAGAAAGCACAGAUGGAAUCGAGACUGACCCUUCAUACUUUAAAGUAUCUACAGAGACUUGGAAAAGCGGACAAGCGUGCGAAGAAAUGCAAACUGAGCUAGAAGUUCCAUUCGAACACCUUGCAGCAGCAACGGUGAUCGUCGAUCGUUUGAAGAAAGGGGAGUCACUUUUAUCAGGGGCUGAGGCAGAGUCAGAGUCCAACUCAGAAUCUCUAAAUGUAUCAAGUACAAAAAGUGUUCGUAAAGUCUUUCGUAAAACCCCUAAAGAAACCAAAUCUUCUCAAAGAAAAUUGCCAGAGGAACUAGCCAGGCUGGUUGAAAAAUUGCUUCGUGAAGGAGAAAAUGCAAACGAAGACCAAAUCUACUCAAUGCUGUGGGACUUUGGAGGACAGUCCGUUUACUAUGACACCCAUCCAAUUUUCCUCACAGAGAAAGCCAUCUAUGUUUUGACAUCUGACCUGAGCCGUGACCCAAACGAGAAAGCCAGCCCGCUUGUCAAAACAGGACUUUUCAAGAAUAAAGUGGACACUAACUGCAUUAAAACAAACCUUGAGUACCUGGACUUUUGGAUGUCAUCGAUUUAUUCUUUGACGGGUCUAGAGGUAAACAGCUCCCAACAGAAUGCUCCAUAUUUAAGCGAUACUCUGCCGGGAAGGCUCCCCCCGGUGUUUCUAGUUUGCACCCAUGCCGACGUGCCGUUUGGUGGCGCUAAAGCUAGAGACCUAGCGCUAGAAUUAUAUGGCUUUCUCCAAAGCAAGACGUAUGGAGAACACCUGUAUAAAGAUGUUUUCGUCGUAGAUAAUACAAAGUCAGGGAGUGUGGAAGAAUGUAUUGAGAUAGUGCGCCUGAGAGAAGAGCUUCUUGCUGUUGCAAAGGAACUGCAACUGACGAAAGAAGAAAUUCCGGUGAAGUGGUUGAGGUACGAAAACAACCUUCGCAAGAAGUGUGAUAAGUGGAUAACACUUGAUGAAGCCAAGAGGAUUGCAAAUGAAGAGUGUGGAAUCCAAGAAGAUAAUGAGUUUUCCACUUUGAUGAAUUUUUUGCAUGAUCAGAGAAUUGUGAUUCAUUUCUCAGGCUCUCCAGCUUUGGAAAGGAUGGUGAUAUUAGAUCCUCAGUGGCUUGUUGAUGUCCUCAAAAGCAUUAUAACCGUAAGGCGUUUUAAACGGACGGAACAUCCUGUCAAAGACCUAUGGAUCCAACUUGAAGAAACUGGAAUAUUAGAUGAAAGACUCAUAGACCAUGCUUGGAAAGACUUGAUCGACAACCAAGAAAGUCAAAAGAGCCUUAUUGCUAUCAUGUAG